AUGGCGAACUCAUCUAACACCUACUACGAUUUGUAUCGUCAUGGAAGUCUCGGUGUGGCCUUGACCGAUGCGCUGGACGAGUUGAUCGGCGACGAGCGCAUCGACCCGCAGCUCGCUAUGAAAGUUCUUACGCAGUUCGAUCGCGUUAUUGCCGAGACGCUGAAUGAGAAGGUCAAGGCGAGGCUGUCAUUCAAGGGCUCUCUUGACACCUACCGGUUCUGCGACGAAGUGUGGACCUUCUUGAUCCGCAACGUCACGUUCAAGCUCGAUAGCGGCGGGCAGACGAUUCAGGCCGACAAAGUCAAGAUUGUCAGCUGCAGCUCCAAGAAGACCGAGGAGAAAUAG